AUGAACACAUUGGACGGAACGAAUUCGAUCAAGGAAAUCGGUCUCCUUCGAAAUCUCGAAUUUCUGAUGAUCGACGAUAUUAGGGAUGUGACGGAUGUGACGGGUCUUUUUCAACUCCAGAAUCUGCGAGUGUUGAUUGUUCCGGCUACACCUUCGUUCGGGUAACAUAUUCGCAACAACAAAUUUGCUGAAUCUGACACUUUUCAGGCCAAAUCUUGAAAACGAGCCGUCCGAUCGUCCGUUCAUUCGCCUAUUCCAAGAGUGUCUCGAGAACGGACUCACAUUGCCCCAACUCCGAUACUUUGAUUGUUCGGAAACGACAAUCGAUGUUCCCUACGAUGAGAUUGUCGGAAAAUUGCCCAAGCUCGAACAUUUUACCUGUAUCGGUAAGUCGAUUUAGUUCGGCUAACGUUGAACUCAGCCAAGUUAUGUUAAGCUAAGUAUUGUCAGCUUGGCGAGACUAACUGUGUCCCAAGUCAACAUUUAAGGUAUGUACGGUAGGAUCGCAUAGAGAAUCAACUAUUGUAGAGUGUAUUAUUUCGGGCCCUCUAGACAAUUUCUACUUUUCAGGAGGCACCUUCGCCGACGUAAGCCUACCGUCUCACCGGAUCGAUACAGUCGCCGGCACAGUCAAGACUCUCGAGCACUAUUCGCAGCAAAAGUGCCACGGAAUGUUGCUGCUCGUGCUUCGCCUCAACCCGAUGAGUCAACUGCAACCGGACAUGCCCGAAUGCUCGCCAGACGAUCUCCGAAAGUUUCGCGACACGCUCCACAAAAUCAUGAAUCGGAAGGGCGCGGGAAUGAAGCUUGCGGCAUUUGUCGGCGCGAACUAUUCGAAACUGUAAGUGUAAGAGCUUCAACUGCGACGAAUCGUUGUCUGAUUUUCAGAUUAAGGGCAAUGAUCGACAGCGACCAGUUCAGCAGAAGCGAAAUCUAUAGAUUUGUCCACUCCGUCCUCCCACUAUUCCGAAAACUGAGACGAUUUCAAUUUCCUCUUCGAAACAAGCUCUACCGCUUCCUGAUGGAGACAGUCACGAUGCCGGGCGUCGACGAAAUCGUGCCCCGUCCGUUCUGCUCAAAAAUCGUCGAGCACGCACUGCACGCGUUAUCCGAACACGCGUUGAGAGAGAGUGCGCUGGCUUGCCUAUUCUAUCACACAAGCGACGCGGAUCUUACACAGCUCAGCAGAGAGGAUGUGAAGAUGGGAUGCAAGUAUUUGGUGGAGAAUAUGUACGCGCAAUUGAGCGAUCCGUCCGAUGAAGUUGCGUAUCACUUCGCCUUCCGAUCCCUGAUGGUGCUCGCCAAGUUGGUCGCGUUGGAGGCGUUCGAGGAGCCGCUCAAUGUGCGCGCAGGAGCAUACUCGCCGCGCAUGAUCUCGUUUAUUGGACAAUUGCUGAAUGGCGACCAGCUCCGACGUUUUCGUCAUAUCGGUGUAAUAGAAGAGGCGAUUCUGUUCGUUUUGCGUCAAAUUGUCGGGAAAGACGAGCAUCCGUCGGGGCUCUAUGAUAAAUCAGUUUUGAACAAUAUCGGGUGAGUUGGAUUGCAUUUUGAUUCCUCUUCAGAUUAAUCUGCUUGUUUUUCAGAUUUUUUAUCCGACAGCGCCUUAGACAAGAUGCAGUCUCGGUGGAUGUCACAGCCACUGCCAUCUCAAUCCUCGCCAAACUCAUCCUCUCGCCGCAGCGAAUCGAAGACGGAAAAGCCGAAUUCUACAGCUGCCUCGUUCUCGAAGCGGUUCAAUGGCUUCUGCCUGCUACGAAAUCGCGAGUAUGCCGGACCGAAUGGCACAAAAUAAGCGAUGAAUGCGAGGCGGCUCCAUUCAUGGGAACAGUGGCGGAGCACGUGUACACGGUUCGCGAGUAUGUUCGGAGCACAAAAGACGCUCCGCUCUACGUGCAACAUGUCGGAAUGCGUGAAGUGGUGAGGAAGUUGUCGAGUGGAAGAUGGAACGACGAACCGGUCGAUGGAUGGAUUGUGGAAAUGGCGAUCGGUAUUCGGAGAAGGACGGAGCCGGGAUAUGCGAGGGCCGAGAAGCGGAAAGCUGAGCGAGCGGAAGAGCCGGACGAUGAGACGGAGAUAAAAGCGAAGAAGGAGAAGCCGGAGCUGGAACAGAACCAGGAUUCAUAG